AGGUUCUACCGGACUCUCAGUGAGAUCAAGUCGGAAGUGGAGUCCAUCAUCAAGACCGGGCGCAAGAUGGUGGAAGACAAGACCGUCCCCGAGCCGCAGGAGUUCUCGAAGAAGAUCGACAUGCUGAAGGAGCUGUACAACAAGCUCGGCGCACAGAUCACGGAGUCCAAGUCCCGGCUGGAGCACGCGCUGCUCACGGCGCGCGACAUGCAGAGCGACCUGCACGCGCUGGGCGCCUGGCUGGACGGGCUGGGCGCCGGCGUCGGCCGCCAGACGCUGGAGCUGGAGAUGUCGCGCAUGCAGGCGCUGCGGGACAAGCUCAACGCCAACUACGCCAGCUUCGCAGACACCGCAGACCCUCAGUACGCGGACCGACUGCGGGAGCAGGUCGACGCCAUCAACGCGCGCUGGGACCAUCUCAAGAAGCACGGCCCGCCCGCGCCCGCCGCGCCCGCCGCGCCCGCCGCGCCCGAGGCCGCCUCGCCCGCGGACGGCGCGCCCGUAGUCGAGUACGAGAAUGUUACAGACACUAUUAAAAGGCGGCUAGAGAGUCCCGUUAACACUCCAGAAACGGAAAAACCGGAACUUAAAAAGUCUAAGAUACCGUUGGCUUUGAAAAGCCCCGUACCGAUCAGAAAAGAAAUCAAAGAAGGCGGGCACAGGAGCAGAGGCUCCUCACUCGAGAGAGGGAAGCGAGUGUCUGAGAGCCCCGCGUCUGACUGCAGCGCCAUGUCCACCGACUCCAUCGAACCCCCGCCCCCGCGCCGACCCACCACCCUCCGCACCCCCACCACAUCCACUACCCCUGCCAGCCUCGAUACUCCUACUCCUAUCUCUCCCAGCACCCUAACCACCCCCGACACCCCCAGUACCCCUACCUCCCCCACUGUCCGAAACACCUCCGUCACUCUUGCUACCACUACCUCCUCCGAUACCCCAAACACGCCCGACACCCCCUCUACCCCUACCUCCCCCACUUCUCCAAACACGGGCGCGCCCCAUGACACGGCCGGCACCCCGGAGCCCAUGGACCGGCCGUCGACGCCGUCCACCCCCCUCACGCCGUCCACUCCGCAGCAGAACAGCAGCACGUUCAACUUGCUGACCGACAGCGACCUGUUCACUCAGAUCUCGAAGGACAAGAUCCGCGCCCGCGCCCCCGUCCCCGCCCCCGCCCCCGCCCCCGCGCACCCCUGCCACGUGGUCGCGGUCACGGAGCACGAGAUCGUCAAGUCCACCGUCAGCCCCAUCGAGCCCGUCGAGAUAUACCCGUUCGAAGCGAUCGACGCCGUCGUCGAGUUCAUACCGCAGACCGUGGAGACCGUGGAGAUCAUCGACGAUACCGAAAACGAAUCUCUCACCGAUUCCGACGAUCAGGAACAAACUCGACAGGCCGUCGAUUUAGGAACGGAACCUAAGACUUUCGUAGUCGAGGUGAAGACUCUCGAACAGAGGAUGAAACCGACGCUCGGCAUAUUAAAACGUAAAAACAGUUCCGAAGAAGAAAACCCGAAGACGUUGCGCGGCGCCAUGGCGGGCGUGCCCGACGUGAUCCCGGCCGGCGCGCGCGCCGAGGCCGCGGCCGGCCCCGCGCUGCCCGAGCCCUCCGCCACCGAGCUGCGCGCGCGCGCCUCCCCGCAGUUACGCUCGACGUCGUGUAGCGAGUUCGAAGACAAGGCCCCGUUGUCGACGUCGACACCUAUCAAGCAAGACGAGCGCAGCAAGCAGUCGGUACAAGUGGUGGCCAUGUCGCCCAAACUGAUCGGCGACCACUUGCCAAAAGUGACUGGUGACCAGUCGCCAACAUUCACCGGUGGUCAGUCGCCGAAGUUGACCGGGGAUCGAUCGCCCGAAUCGAUCGGUGACCAAUCGCCCGUAUUGUCAGAAGAUCAGUCGCCCAAAUUAUCCGAGUUUGGCAAAUUGUCAGACGACAAAUCGUCCAAGUCGCUAGAUGAUCAGUCACCUAAGUCAACAGACGAGCAAUCGGUCAAGUCGACCCGUGACGAAACGAGCAAGUCGAGCGAUGAGCAACCGGGCUCGGCGGAGUCGCCGGAGUCGGCGCAGUCGGUGCUGCGCGCGCGCUGGGGCAGCGCGGCGGACGCGGCCGUGCUGGCCUGGGAGGCGGCGGCGCGCGCGCUGCUGCGCCGCAUGGACGUCAUGCUGGUCACCGUCGGCGGCGUGGCGGCCGAGCGCGACCCCGCCAAGCGCCUCGAGAUACUCAAGCACCAGCUGGGCCAGCUCGCGCCCGACGCCGCCGCGCUCAUCUCGCAGGGAGACUCGCUCGUCUACGCCAAGCACAGGGACAGCCCGCUCCUGGCGGACUACAUACAGACACACUUCCAGGAUAAACUGCGUAACAAAUGGUCGAUGGUGAUGUCGGAGAUCGAGUUGAAACGCAAUCUCGCGCUGCGGGCGGAGGACAACCUGAAGGAGCUGAACAAGAUACUGGAGGAGGCGCAGGCCUGGCCCGCCGGCGACGGCGACGCGCAGGACGGCGCCGAGAUGGGCGCGCGUGAGGCCUGCGUGGAGCGCGCGGCCGAGCUGGCGCGCGAGCUGCGCGCGGCGCACGUGGGCGUGCCCGAGCGCGCCGUGGCGUCGCUGCUGGCGCGCGCCGCGCCCGCGCCCGGGCCCGAGCACGUGACGCGCGCCAACCGCGCGCGCGAGGCCGUGGCGGCGCUGGGCGCCAUGCUGCGCGCGCCGCCGCUGGGCUCGCGCGACUACGACGAGUUCCCGCUGCAGGAGGACGCGCUGGGCCGCGUGCGCGCCGGGCUGGCGGCCGCGGCGCCGCAGGUGGCGGAGGCGGAGCGCGAGCUGGCGUGGCACGCGGCGCGCGGCGGCGCGGGCGCGGCGCGGGCGCAGCGGCUGCACGACAAGCUGCGCGCCGAGUGGGCGGCGCUGCAGGACCACUACCGCGCGCGCCACGACCGGUGA